AUGCAAGUGAAGAAGUGUUUGAUAUGCAAAGAAGUGGUUCAGUCGAGGAAUAAGAUCGAAGAGUGUUUAGUCUGUUCUGACAAGAAGUCAAGCAUUUUAUUUAAGUGUAAUCUCAAUAUAUUAAUACUAAAACACGGAUCGAUUGUCUCUCCCCCACACCAGCCGUGUAACCAUCUGUGCGCGUGUGAAGGCUGUGCGCCACUCAUGAAGAAGUGUGUCCAAUGCCGGGCGAACAUCGAUCAAGUCGUGCCAUUCAUCGUGUGCUGCGGAGGCACAGCUCCGCCGCCGCCCCAACUCAUGCUCAACAACGCCACCAGUAAUGCCAACAAUAAUAACAACAACAACAACAACAGCGCCGGAAACGCCACUAACGCCCAGAUUAUCGGCUCGUUUAUGAAUAACGGCGCCCGCGAUGUCACCAAUAAUGACAUUCAGAAACUGCAGCAACAAUUGCAGGACAUUAAAGACCAGACUAUGUGUCCGGUCUGUUUGGAUCGCAUCAAAAACAUGAUCUUCCUGUGCGGUCACGGGGCGUGUCAGAUGUGCGGCGACCGGAUGUCCAUUUGUCCCAUUUGUCGCAACUCUAUUGAGAAACGAAUACUACUCUAUUGAUCACUCCAUCAGUUCCACCACUGCUUCGCUUGUUUUACUCAAAACCAACUCUUUUUUGGAUUAUUU